GGUCCAGACAGCGUUAGCAUUGCAUUCGGGGAGCUUUCUCUCGGACACAGCUUAGCUGGAGAGAUGGCGUCCCUUUUGCAACCAAAUAGAGUCGUUUAUCUUGUUCGUGGAGAAAAAAAUAUUAUAGCCCCCUUAUCUCAACUUUAUUUCUGUCGCUACUGUAGCGAAUUGCGAUCUCUGGAAUGCGUGUCUCACGAGGUGGACUCGCAUUAUUGUCCAAGUUGUCUUGAAAAUAUGCCUUCUGCUGAAGCUAAAUUGAAAAAGAACAGAUGUGCAAAUUGUUUUGAUUGUCCUUGCUGCAUGCACACACUGUCAACACGAGCGACUAACAUCCCAGCUCCUGUGCCUGAUGAUCCCACUAAGACAACCAUGAAGAAGGCCUAUUAUCUGGCCUGUGGUUUCUGUCGCUGGACUUCAAGGGAUGUGGGAAUGGCUGACAAAUCAGUUGCCAGCGGUGGAUGGCAGGAGCCAGAGAACCCCCACGCGCAGCGGAUUGGUAAGCUGAUCGAGUAUUACCAGCAGCUGGCUCAUCGGGAAAAGCAGGAGAGAGACAGGAAGAAGCUGACCAGGAGACGACAGUGCAUGCCUCUGGCCUUCUCGCAACACACUAUACAUGUGGUGGAAAAAUACGGCCUUGGCACCAGACUGCAGAGGCAGAGACCCGGAGCUCCCUUAUCAAACCUGGCCGGCCUCUCGCUUAAGGAGGGCGAGGACCAGAAGGAGAUCAGCAUUGAGCCUGCUCAGGCCCUUGAUGAAGUGGAGCCGCUGCCUGAGGAUUUUUACACCAGACCAGUCAGUCUGCCAGAAGUUACCACGCUGCGACAGAGACUUCUGCAGCCAGACUUUCAGCCCGCAGGAGCGUCUCAGCUCCACCCCAGACACAAACACCUUCUGAUGAAGCGCUCGCUGCGCUGCAGGAAAUGUGAGCACAACCUGAGCAAGCCAGAGUUUAACCCUACUUCAAUCAAGUUCAAAAUACAGCUGGUGGCUGUGAGUUACAUUCCUGAAGUGAGAAUUAUGUCCAUACCAAAUCUGCGAUACAUGAAGGAGAGUCAGGUGCUGCUAACUCUGACCAACCCAGUGGAGAACAUCACCCAUGUGUCAUUGGCUGCUUGUGAGGAGGAUGAUCCUGAUGACAUCAACAGAACCGCUCAGAUUCUGGUACCCAAUACCCAACUGGUCUUGGCAGGAAAGGAUGCUGCUGCUGAGUAUGACGAAUUGGCCGAACCUCAGGACUUUCAAGAUGACCCCGAUGUCGUUGCCUUUAGAAAAUCCAACAAGAUUGGUUUCUUCAUCAAAGUGAUCCCACAAAAAGAGGAGGACACGGACGUCACUGUCGCGUUUAAGAUGCGCCACGACUUCCGCAACCUGGCAGCUCCCGUCCGGCCUAGCGAUGAGGGAGGUGACGCCGCCGCUGAAGCCAUUUGGCUCACGCACCACGUGGAGCUGAGGCUGGGACCUCUUGCUCCCUGAACACAAAACACUAGUGUUGGGCUCUUUUGGAGCCAGUUUCUUCAAACUACAAUGCAAUCGUAGCAAACAACUGAUUUCUGAUUCAACUCAUGGUUUCCACUUGUUUUCGGUUAGCCUUAAUUGCUUAAUUAACAAAAAAAUGCAGAAUAACUGCUUAGCUCAUAAAAUAAAUAAUUUCACAGCUGCAGAGUAACAAGUAGACUAUAAUAUAUUUACCUGGAGCAUCCACUUCCUGUCAGUGGAUGCCAUAUCGCAUUUUUUACUUACAGGAAGUGCCUCAUCAACACGCAAAGCUUCUUAAUAAAUGGGUUCAGUGUCACUUUUAUACAUUUGCUGCUGCCAGCUUUGUAUGAAGGAGAUGGUUGUACAUGACAAUGUUUAGUUACCUUAGCAACACUCCUUAAACCUGCAUGUGUAGUCAACAUUUAAGAAGUCUAAUGUUAGAUUCUUUUCAUUAAAUUCAAAGUAACGGCAUACAUUUUAAUGAGCAGGAUCAGAAAUCAGAUUUGUAAUCAACCUCGUUUAAAAAAAAAGAAAAAAAACACACGCACCACAGUUGUAGCUUGUGUCCUUGUCAACAAUUGUCUGCAGGCUGUUGUGUUGUAUUAACUUGCAUGUUUGAACAGUUAAAAGUGAUCGUCAUCAUCAUCACUUUCAGCGAUUCUGUGCUUUUCGGUGAACAAGCUGCACUCUUCUGUUGGAAGUAAACGAAGAGCUACACACAAAUUGGAAGGCAGUGUUUAUUUUCACGGAUUAACAGUCUCUGCCUACAAUCGCUGACAAGGAUUUUAGUCAGUCGCACAUUCAGCAGCACACUACCGAGGAGGGAAAAAAAAAGACAAAUCCUAAAGGUAAUUUAUUAUUCCAGGAGGAUGUUUUAUAAGCCGAGGAGAUUUACAUUUUUCCCCCUCUGCUGACAACCAUAAACACAGCAACUGAAGAACCUAGAUUAUGAAUCUGCCAGCACACAGUUCUCUAACCAGGAGAGAAGAAGGUUUCUGUUAUUGCAUUUAAUUGUCAGCAAACUGCUUCUCCUUAAUAUCUCAGUAAUUAUUGUGGGUACUAUAAAGUUAUAAAGUAUUCCUCUAAAUUACACCAACGACAUGAAGUCUAUUGUGCUUAUUUCCUGCCACUCUCUUACUUUGCUUGAUUUAAAACACUUGCACUGUCUGUUUUGUAACUCUCUUUUUUUGGUUGUUGCUUUCUUGUGGAUGCUAGAAAACCAACAGCUGUACAUCGUUCCGAACUGGCUAAUAAAACAGUUCAAACCUA